AUGUCGAAGUCUAGUUGGACCCCUGAUGCGGAUCAGGACCUCCUGUUCUCUAUCAUGAUGGGUGACGCCGUCUCUCGUCCCUCGCCCAACUGGGAGCAGGUCACCGCCGUCAUGCAGGAGCUGGGAUAUACCUUCACCAAGCAGGCUAUCCGCCUCUCCCUAACGUCACCCCAGCCAGCAUUUUGCCAAGAAACUCUGGGCCGCCUUCGAGGAACGCCGCAGCGGCGAAAAGGAGCCCUCCACCCCGUCCCCCGCGAAGAAGAUCGCGAAAACUCCUACUUCUUCGCAGAAGAAGAAGAAGUUGCCGCUCCUCGCGCCACCCCCUCGAAGCGCCCCAAGCCCGUCAUCGAUGAGGAGGAUGAGGACGAGCUUUUUGAGGUGGUCACACCUACCAAGAAGCCCAAAGUUGAGAAGGAGACGAAGAUGGAGGUUGAGGACGCGCUCGAGCACUAA